AUGGAGAUAUCAAGCGACACGGUUGUUUUGGAAAGCUGCGAUGGCCGAGGUAUUUUUACCUCUGCGCCAAUAUUGUGCUUGGCGCUGCUAGCAGCUCUAUGGGCCAGCUGCGUCGUUGGCGUUGUUAUCUACAGGAUCUUUUUGCACCCUCUCGCCCACCUACCAGGGCCCAAGAUUGCAGCUGCCACUUUUUUAUACGAGAUAGCCUGGGACUACUUUGGGGAUGGCGCCUACCUCUACGAGAUAGAAAAGAUGCACAAAAAAUACGUACUGGCAGGGCCGAUCGUUCGAGUAAACCCCCACGAGGUAUCGAUUUACGAUCCGACCUACUACAACACCGUGUACGUGGGAGGUGCCAUCAGACGCACAGAUGCGCAUCCGGCCUUUGGAGACGGCAUGGAUUUCAACGGCUCUCACGGCAUGACAGUCAAUCAUCAUCAUCACAGGCUCCGGCGAAAGCCCAUGGAGCCCUUCUUCUCAAAGAAUGGCGUCGCCCAGCUGGAGCCUAGGCUAUGCGAGCUAACGGUCACGCUUGUCCAGCGGCUACUCGAAUACAAGGGCGUCGGCAAGGUCAUCAGACUCGAUCACGUAUUUACUGCCAUGGCAGGUGAUGUGGUUAAUGCCGUUUGUGUAGCCAAGCCUACCAUGUCUUUUUUGCGACAUGAGGAUUUCAACCCUGACUGGUUCAAUCUGUUCCACACGCUCAUCAAAUCAAUGCCCGUCUUUAUGAACUUUCCUUGGAUUAUUAGAAUAGUGCGGCUUGUUCCCACUGCGCUGUUGCAGCGAUUAGAUCCUCGAAGUCAGAUGUUUCGGGAUUGGAGAGAGAUGUCAGUUGACCAUAUAGUCGAUGUCAAGAAGCGCAAAGAGAGUGGCAAAACCUUUGUGAACCGGGAUUCCAAGAUGCGCUGCGACACGCUGUUUGAACAUCUGAUUAAUAGCGAUCUGCCAGAGUCGGAGCUGUCGGUGGAGCGGCUGGCGUCCGAAGCCCAGGUCGUCAUGGGCGCUGGUACUGUUACGACGGCCCGCACCAUGGACUACCUAGCUGUCCACAUUCUGCUCAACGACCGAGUGCAUACGCGUUUGCGCCAAGAGCUUAAGGAGCCCAUGAAGGACUUUCCUGAAAAGAUGCCACCUCUGGCUGAGCUCGAGCAGCUGCCGUACCUGCAGGCUUGUAUUAAAGAGGCCCUCCGCCUAAGUCCAGGCUUGACACACCGACUGCCUCGCGUGUCACCCGACACUGACCUCGUCUACAGGGGAUGGACAAUUCCACGAGGGACCCCUGUGGGCAUGUCGGCAUGGUAUAUGCACACAGACCCCAACGUUUACCAAGAUGCCAUGACAUUUCGCCCUGAACGCUGGCUGGAAAAUGUCACUCCCGAGAUGCACAGGAAUUAUGUGCCUUUUUCCAAGGGCUCGCGUCGAUGCCUCGGGUCUGAGUUGGCAUAUGCCGAAAUCACGAUGGUGUUUGCAGCCCUUUUUGGUCCACAGGGCCCCAAGCUGAAGCUGUACGAGACAGACGCCUCAGAUGCGGAUCCCGCAUGCGCCUUUCUGCUCCCACUGCCCAGAUUGAGUAGCAAGGGGAUCAGAGUCAUGGUUGAGCCUUGA